ACUUUAGUGGCAGUUCUUCCCUGUAUAUUUACUCGAACAAAGUAAAAGCACCUGCUCAACAUUAAUCUGAAAAUCCUAGGCAGGGUGUUUCAGUAACCUAUGGCAACUGCUUCUGUGUCAACAGAAAUCUUGGACAGGGCAACCCAGGACCGUGCACCACCAUUGGCUGGCUGAAUGAAUGACUUGCAAACUUGUCUAUCUAUUAUGCAUGCCAGUUUACCUUUAGAGCAUUCUUGAGCUCAUUUCCAGGUAAGCACAGCUGAGAGGUGGCCUGUCUGUGUCGAGACUCGGAGGAGCCAAAGAAAAGCUCUGUUCAGCUUGACUCGGAUAACCAGUGGCAGCCUGAGAGGAGGCAGACAUGGAGCUAAUUGGAUCCACUCUAACAGCCACAUACGCUCGGCCAAAAACCAGCCACUUUCUCCCCGCCAUCUCCACCAUGGCAUCUAGCUAUCGCAACACCCAGCCUGCCUUGGUCAUGAAUCCCAGUGCCAACCUGUGGAGAACCAACAGCUAUUACAAGAGCGGCGGUGUUGUCUCAAACCCCUCCUCCAUACAGAGAGAGAAUUUAGAUAUGGUUCGAGCCAAGACCAUGUUCUACCCCUCCAACAGGACAGCGCUGACCACCCGCUACACUCCCGAGGACUGGUACAAGUCCAACCAAAGCAACUACAGGGAGUCUGAGUCAUCCCGGAAAAGCGCAGAGAGACUGAGAAGAGACGCCGUCAGGUUGAUGCAGGAUAGGGACCAGCUGACAAGGCGAAGUCAAGAAAAUACCAGCAAGAACAUUGGUGAGCGCCUCAAUGACAUUGUCUUCUGGAAGUCUGAGUUGAGCCAUGAGAUUGACAACAUGGUGACAGAGAUAGCAGCUCUUACCGAGGUCAAGAGGAGGCUGGAGAGAGCCUUGGCAGAGACUGAGGGGCCCCUUCAGGUGUCUCAAGAGUGUUUGUACCACAGAGAGAAGCGGAUGUCAAUCGAUCUGGUACAUGACGAUGUAGAGAAAGACCUCAUAAAGGAAGUGGAAGUCAUCAAGUCAUGUCAAGAAAGAAUGAGGCGACAUCUGGACAGAGCCAUCGCUCAGCUGGCGUCGAACCGAGCCGCCCAGCAUGAACUAGAAAGAGACAUAAGCGAUAAAGUGACAGCUCAGAGGAUAGAUGACAGGUGUCACCACCUGAGGAACACGUCAGACGGUAUCGGCUACUACAGAGGGAUUGAAAGACUGGACCCCUCGCUCUCCCUGCCAGACUCAUGGAGCAAGUUCACAGACGACAACAUCCUGCACUCCCAGAGCGAACGUGCCGCCUCCCACAAGCUCAGGGACGAGAUCGAGAUCCUGCUGAACACCACGUCCAACGAAAUGUGGAACCAGUUCAACAAUGUCAACGUAGCCUUCACAAACCGCAUAUCGGAAACCGCUGAUGCUAAAAACAACCUGCAGACACACCUGGCUAAGACUCUGCAGGAGAUCUUCCAGACAGAGAUGCUGAUUGACUCUCUGAAGAAGGCCCUCAGAGACAAAGAGUGUCCCCUGAAAGUUGCCCAAACCAGGCUGGAGGAGAGGACCCGUAGGCCCAAUGUAGAGCUCUGCAGGGACAACCCACACCACAGACUUGUGAGUGAGGUGAGAGAGAUCGAAGACACCAUCUACAGGCUCCAGGAGAGGCUGAUGGAAGCUGAGAACAGCCUGCAGAUUCUGGUUAAGACCAAAGUAACUCUGGAGCAUGACCUGUCUGUCAAAGCCAACUCACUCUUCCUGGAACAGGAAAAGUGCAUGAGCAUGCGCAAGAGCUUUCCAAGCAUGCCCCGUCUGGUUGGCUUCACCUAAAUCAAGUCUUGAAAGGGAACAUUGGAGGACCAAUAUAAUUAACUAUGACUGACUGUCUUAAUGAUUUUGGAGUGAUUUAGAGGGUGUUGUGGGUGAUUCCAGUGUAAGCAAACUUACAUACAAAGACUUAACUUUCUUCAAAAUUG